CGGGAUGAGAGAGAUGGGCUUCCUUCCUGCGCGCUGCCAGACUUCAUGGGAUUAUUAUAAAUGAUAUGUUGCGUGUUUUUAAUGCGUAACCUCUUUUAUUUGUCUCUGAUGGAGGCCCUGUUAAAUGAUUGGCUGUGGCAGGAGGAGUACUGGCUUCCUCCUGGAAUCCGCUGGCAGGACAUUAAAAUUAAGGAAGACGACGGCCGCUUUCCUCUACCCAGGGAUCUCAUCUACACCUUGCCACUGGCCUUCGCCUUUAUAGCCCUCAGAUAUGUCUUCGAGAGGCUCAUUGCCGUCCCAUUCAGCAAACACUUAGGUGUGAAGGAUCGGAUUCGGAUCCAAGCAGCUUCUGUGCCAAAGCUGGAGACCUUCUACAAACAGAACAGUCGACAACCAUCGCAAAGUGAGGUGGUGAGCUUGGGGAAGCAGUGUGGAUUCUCACAGAGAAAAAUCCAGACCUGGUUCAGACACAGAAGGAACCAGGACCGACCCAGCAAUACCAAAAAGUUCUGCGAGGCCUCUUGGCGGUUUGUCUUCUACCUUGUAGCAUUUACAGCUGGGCUUGGCUCUUUAAUUAAUACUCCGUGGUUGUGGGAUCACAGAGAGUGUUGGAGGGGAUAUCCCAAACAGCCAGUGGCUGAGGCUCAUUACUGGUAUUACACCCUGGAAAUGGGUUUCUAUUUGUCGCUGCUCAUGUGCGUCUCUGUGGACAUCAAGCGAAAAGAUUUCAAGGAACAGGUAAUUCAUCACAUUGCCACCAUAUUCCUCAUUGGUUUCUCCUACUGUGCCAACUAUGUGAGAGUUGGCACUCUGGUGAUGCUGGUCCAUGACUCCUCUGACUUCCUUCUUGAGUCUGCUAAGAUGUUUCACUACGCUGGCUGGACGAGGACAUGUGACUCACUGUUUGUUGUCUUCGCUCUUGUCUUCCUUGUCACAAGGCUGGUGGUGUUUCCUCUCAGAGUGGUCCACACAACCCUAGUGGAGUCUCUAGAUUUCUUUCAGCCCUUCUUUGGUUAUUAUUUCUUCAAUGCCCUACUGUUAGUGCUGCAAGCCUUGCACAUCUUCUGGGCAUAUCUCAUCCUGCGCAUGGUCUACAAGUUUGUGUUUUUGGGCAAGGUUGAGCGUGACGAACGCAGCGAUGAGGAGAGUGACGUGGAGGAUGAUGAAGAGGAAGAGCCUGAGGAAGAAGGGGAUGAAUGCAGCUGGGAGCAAAGAAAGGGUGCAAUUAACUCCAAAUUAGCAUCGCUGGCUAACAACUGUGUCCUGAACAACCUGACCAACCAGAGGAAUAUAAACAGCAGACUGCCCAAAGCCAGAUAGUGGAGAAGCUCCCAUCCUCAUCUACCAAACCUCACUGGAAAAAUACGGUGAUUAACUUAUUUUUAACAUAUGAUACAUACAUGUGGCUUGUGUACAUCCAUAAAGGUCCAUUGAUGAUUUCAGAUCAUGUUUGCAUCCUACUUACCAUCAAAAAAGAGGGCAGAGAAGCACAGAUGAUUGUAAAUCUGCGCACCCAGUGUGAGAUAAGGAAGAAAUGCCAUCAUUGCUGGCAUCAUACCACUGCGUAUUAUAAAAAUACAUUGGCUAAACAAGGAGACAGUAAAAAUUCCUUUACAUCUGAUCACGUGUUGUUUUUGCAGAUUUUGUGUUCAUGUUGUUCGUUUUCUUUGAAUCAUAAUAACUUGUUUGUAAAUACCUGAAGAUAGAAACUGUGCUGUCAUUCAUUUAUCCUUUCUUUGGUCAACAAGAGAAACUAAAUGUUUUACACAAAAUCAAGCUGUUAUCUAAGAUAAGACAUAUCUAAUAUGUUUUAAACAGAGCAAACUAAAGCUAAAAUGAGGUAGUAAUUCACUCCCCGAGCUUUGUCUGCACAUACACAGUAUGAUUGAUUGUACGGAAUAUAGUAAAAACAAUGAUUGUAGUAAAUCUGUUGACAAACCACUUUAUAGACUAUUUUUAUGAACCAGUUACCAAACAGGUAAUUUUAUAGAUUGUUUUAAUCAGCGGCAGAAUACAUGAACAUUCCUUAGGAAUUGUAAAGUUGUAUUUUCUGUGUUAGUAUUUUGAUUUAGUCAGUUAUGCUUUAGCUCAGUUCUUUGAGGAGAUAUGGCGCCCCCUUGUGAACAAAAUAACUUAUACUUGUAGAGGAGUCACUCCCCAUGCCUGAUAAAAUGAUGCCUUUAGAAAAAAAUACUGUUCCUAGAGAUAUGGGGUUAAAUCGUAUGUAUGUGCGUGUUUCUGUUUCAUUUUGUGCUUUAAAUAUCAUUAUGACAGGCAGCAUGAUUUCUCAACAAGGUUUUUGUUAAGGUUUGCUCUACUGUACUUGGUUUUGUGCCUUGGCUGCUGUUUUUAUACUCCUCUGUGACAAGCACUUGAUAAUAAGCUCUGUGUGUUCGUGGAAUCUUUACUGGAUAAACACAUGGACCAGGCCUUACUGUGACUUGUUUUAAUGUUGUGUUUGAAUUGUUGGUGAGGCUGGUAGCACCUGAGUAAGCCAUGAAGAGGAUGGGCAUCAGACAGGCAUUAGUGAAAUGUGUGAUAUUUUAGAUAGUGAAGGUGUCUAUAGAGGUAAUUUGGUUUGAAGAAAAGUCUGUAAAAUAGUGAAAUGUAAAGAUUUAAUCAUUUUUAUAAAAGCUGAGGGCAUAUUUUGUAUGACUAGACUGGACUCUAAUACUUUAAUGUGAACAAGAGGUCACUGGAUUUAACAUGUUUUUAUUCAACAUACUAGGACACAGAUCUGAUACAAGUCACUGUCUACAAUGUUCUGUGGCUCCAGGUUUGUAGGUUCUGGAUUAUCAGUGCAGUACAACACAGAGAUAUUGUUCAUAAAAUAUGUUACACUCCAAGAUAGUACAUCCACUACCAAGGACUGGUGUUACCUUGUCAUAGGUUAGUAAGGGCAACUCUUUCAGAUAAGUGGUUGCUGUCACCACGUACUGUACUUGAUUUUAUAUUAAGAAAAGUGUGAAAGGAGUAGGAACAGGGCUGUGUCUCACAGUACAUAGUGGGAUUUAAAAUGAUGAAAUUGUAGAGCACUUAGAGGGCUGAUCCACUGAAUUACACACCUCCAACCACGAUAUUAUUAUUUUUUUAUUAAAGACAGAUAUAAAGUACAUAGCUAGCAAAUAGGAGAGAUGUCAUACUUCCACUGUUUUCUUAUGAGUGUAUAUGGAUGCUUUGUUGAUUGUGUGGGAAGUUGAAAAGUUUUAAUAAAUUACUUCUAUUGACAAAAUG